AGCUAACACUAGCUCUGCUUGCGUUUGAAAUGGAAAGGAGGUCCAGUUUUGAAAAUGGUGAAAUGUGAUUUAAAGAUACCAAAUAUUCUCUCAAUAACAUUUUUGAACGAUGCAUGACGCAGGUUGAACAAUUCAUUUGCAUUUCGGGGUGACGGCCUUGACCUCUAAAGUCUUUGAGAUGAUACCAAACACCUCGCAAUUACUUCUCUGUAAUCGGAUGAAAGGGUCGCACAUUCCACGGUUUCACCGGCUAUAAGAGUAAAUGCUUGAAUUGGCUAUGGAGUUUCAUUCUUCACCUGCUAUAGGAGUAAAUGGUUGGGUGAUUCAUGGGGUACGUUACUACGAAAUUUGUUUCAUUUCCGGAUUCCCCAAAAAAACAGGUAUUUAUAAUCUUCUUUUUAAGAUGGAAUGAAUCACAGUCUUGUGCUCUGCUUUCAGGUUCACUUUCAUUUGCUCUAAUUUCCAAUAUCAUUGUUAAGGUGAGGAAGAAUGACUGGCGCAGACUUGGUGGUGAUUCAACCUCCUGAUCUCAAGUUCACAUUCGACUUGCUGAAACAAAGUUCAUGUUCUGUUAACUUGACCAUCACAGAUCAAUAUGUAGCAUUUAAGGACUAGAGAUUUCUCUUUGUGGGAACCUUCUUCAUCCUAGAAUGGGGUCUGGUUUGGCUGCAGAAGUAUUUGAUGCAAAUCGCACAUCUGAAAUGGAAUUUAAAAACUCUGCAAAAUCAAUUAUUAAAAAUGAAAUUUGGUUGUGAGGGUCCAUGGGAAGUACUUGUCAUGGGAGAAAGCUGUUACGUUUGUACUGGGGAUGUCUGCUUAUGACAUGGAACUGCCUAUUGAAUGUACGGAUGUAAUUGCUAUUGAGCAGGAGGAAGCUCUAAAACCCGAGGUAGUAGAUGGUUAUGGAAUUGAGAGAUCUCCUUCGGGAAGACGAUGGAGGCUUUGGCCAAUUCCCUUCAGAAGGGUUAAGACACUUGAACAUACUAGUAGCAAUGUGUCAACUGAGGAUGUUUUUGUUGAUACCGAAAGUAGCUUGCAAAACCAGGCUGCAAAACCAAGUCCUUGUAAACAAUUUCUGAGAAGAAAUGUUCCAACGUCUGAUCAGAUUGCUUCUUUAAAUCUAAAAGAGGGGCAGAAUACGGUGUUCUUCAUUUUCUCUACAAGGGUCCUAGGGGUGCAAAAGCUCAUAUAUACCUGUGGAAAUGGAAUGCACGAAUUGUAAUUUCUGAUGUUGAUGGUACUAUUACCAAGUCUGAUGUUCUUGGUCAGAAUGAGUCCAACCCUUCCCGAUCCAAAGGGAUGAAAUAUGCUUCUUAGAAAUAUUGGUCAACCUAUGGCAUUGUACAAUGAUACGAGAUUAAUAGUGACGAAAUUGGGGAAACGUUUAAUUCAAGGAAAAGUUAUGGGAGGAAAAAAUAUUGGCCAUGAAGUUGUUAUCUCAAGACUUUCAUUGACUCCAUCGCAUAAAAAGAUUCCUUUCAA